CUCACCUAGAAUGACGCAAAACUUGGGAGCCGCGCUGCGGUUCGCUCCACUGCCCGGUUUACGGCUCCUCUUAACAGCGGUAGAUUUUGUUCCUCUUUGGCAGCAAGACGUCAACCGCGAUAUUGUCUCGACGAUUGCUUUAACCUGCCUCUGUCAUCCGUGGAUAUACGAUUGACCAAAGCAGCGCGUCACACAAGGGCAAGCGGUUCCAGUCCUGCGGACUGCCAGCGAUCAUCCUGCCGAGAGCCAAUUUCCGCCAUUGGAGACAACACACUGGCUAGGCAGCACGUGUCAAGACGUCCCCUCUCGUCGCAGUCUGCGAUAGAAUAUACAGCCAAAUCUCACUUCGGCCUCCGUAGGCCUCCUAUCCUGGAAGCCUUGUCCCCUACGCUUCGUCACAAUGCCCAAGCAAAGAUCAGUCAAAUUCCAACACCGUGGGAACGGCAAUGGCCAAGAUCACCGACGCCAGAGUCUUUCUACAGCAAGCGAAAGUACUUCCGAACCUCCGAGUCCCCUAAAAGAAGGCGACAACAAUUCCAAUCGCAAUGGAUCACUCGUCAAGGGAGAAAAGCCAGCCGAGGCGUCGGACUAUGAAAAGAAAAAGGCGACCUUUAUAACUCGGACAAUUUGGACUAUCGUGAUGAUCAGUGGAUUUUUCGGUGCCAUGUUUGCUGGACAUGUUUAUGUCCUCAUGAUCAUCACAGCAGUUCAGAUCAUUUCGUUCAAAGAGGUGAUAGCGAUUGCCCAAGUCCCGACGAAGCAGAAGAAUCUUCCACUCACACGGUCCUUGAACUGGUACUUCCUUGCGAUCACGAUGUACUUUUUGUACGGCGAGAGCGUCAUCUACUACUUUAAGCAUGUACUUUUGGUUGACCGAGUCCUCCUACCCUUUGCGACCCAUCAUCGCUUCAUCAGUUUCAUGAUGUAUAUCUUCGGUUUUGUUUUCUUCGUCGCAUCGUUGAAGAAGGGCCACUACAAGUUCCAGUUUACUCAGUUUGCGUGGACUCACAUGGCACUUUACCUCAUUGUCGUCCAAGCGCACUUCAUGAUGAACAAUGUUUUCGAAGGCAUGAUCUGGUUCUUCCUGCCGGUUUCUCUGGUGAUCACCAACGAUAUUUUCGCUUACAUCUGCGGCAUCACGUUUGGUCGCACACAACUUAUCAAGAUCUCUCCCAAGAAGACGGUGGAAGGAUUCGUGGGUGCAUGGAUUUGCACGCUCAUCUUCGGGUUUGCUCUCACGAACCUACUUAUGCGCUACAAGUACUUCAUUUGCCCGGUCAAUGAUCUGGGCGCCAAUUUCUUCACUGGACUGGAAUGCACCCCUAACCCAGUCUUUGUGGCUCAGCCUUACCAUCUCCCCGAAUGGACUGGGCUGGACUACACGCUCUGGAUCGAGCCGAUGCAGUUCCACAUUCUUAUUUUCGCAACCUUCGCUUCCCUGAUUGCUCCAUUUGGAGGUUUCUUCGCUUCAGGACUGAAGAGGACGUUCAAGAUCAAGGAUUUUGGCGACAGUAUCCCCGGACAUGGAGGCAUGACUGAUCGCAUGGAUUGCCAAUUUAUCAUGGGUCUCUUUUCCUACAUGUACUACCAGAGUUUUAUCGCGGUAUACCGGACGAGCGUUGGCGCAGUCAUCGAGACUGCGAUUGUGGGCCUGACCCCUGAAGAACAGGUGGAGGUGGUCAAAGGUUUGGGGAAGUACCUCUACAAUCAGGGAAUAGUGUCGGACAAGGUUCUACAAUGUCUUGCGGUCGAAUUCGCCAAAAGAUAAGGAAUGGCAAACGAGCACCACGAAAGUUUUUUCUUUUUCGAUUCAUUGUUGUUCUGUGGAGUGGUCGAGGUACCAGCACGGAUGUUAGGCGUGCAUAGCUGUGGAGUCUUGAGACAUCCUACCAUGUGAUGAACCCCGUCCGGCAAAGCAACUUUUUCUUUCCGGUUUCCCAGAUAUGGACCGCAGCCGGGACGUUUUUGAACCCAUCAUCGGCAGGCGCAGAGCCCGUUUUCUUUUCUUCUUCUUGUACGAUUUGACCAUGGGUCACAGAAGCCAGCUAAAAAGAAGGUUGGCACGAGAAAAAGCCAGGUAGCUUCAGAUAAUAAUCGGCUGGCUCUAACAAUGAGGAUGCCUGUUUGAGUUCCGGCUCCAUGAACGAUCAGAUUCGCUCGCUUGAGAACGUGUUGUACAACACUGGGAAAGUCAAGUAGCAUUUAGUGCCAUCAGCGUCAACUCUGCCCUCUGCCGCCUCUACCACGACCGCCACCACGACCACCUCUCGCUUGACCACGCCCUCUGUCUCCCCGGCCUCCUUGGUCGCCGCGGUGACCUUGCCCACCCCUGCCGCGCGGGCCGUGGCCAUGGCCUCCUUGUUGGCUUUGGUGUUGUUGGGACUCCCGCGCGAGCUCUAUAAUCUCCUCAGGUACUCUUAAAUAUUUGAUCUGGCGGAAUCAUAUUAGCGGUGGAAAGAGGAAACAAGGGUCACAUUAGUAGGAGUAACUCCAGAUCUUAGGCGCCGAGAGACUGGAGGAUAAAUGUGGACACUGCCAAGGGUAGUCACUCACAUUGUUCCCUCUCACGUAUGCCUCAGGCAGUCUCCAAAACCGGUCCCCUUCCGGACUUGUCUGGACAACCUCCUUGAGCGUCAAAUUCAUCCAAGUGUCACAGUUGACGAGAUGGCCAUUGAGCGUUUCGCCAUUCUUGAGCUCAACAAGCAUGGGGUGGCCUUGGGCCGCUGUGAGCAGGCCUAAUGGAAGCUGGAGAUCAUGUGAUUAGACUGUACUCUGUUGCGCGCGACAUAGAAGCUAAGACUCACCAUA